AUGAGCUUUUUUGGUGUUAAUUUGAGCAAAGAAAAACUCCUUGCACCUACAUGUUAUACAAUAAAAAUUAGAAAUUCAACUACUUAUGUUUUACUAAAUUGGGCUUUGGAAGCUUCAAUUGAUAAUGAAGAUUAUAUUGUUAUCGAUUAAAGAAAGUUUUGGGAUGAAAAUGAUUCUCAUUUUAGUUAUUAAUGUUAGAUGGAAAGGGAAGCUUUAAAGGAAAGAGGAGCAACUUCUACUUAUGCAAUUGAUUAAUAAAGACUACAAUGUAUUUUAAAUUAAAGAUAAAUAAAAGGUUUCUGCUAUUUUAGAAUUAAAUAAAUUUCAAAAAAUUCUCAUGGAAGUGAUAAUCUUAAUCUUUCAGGAUUUGAAUUAUAUGGAAAGACUUUCGGAAACGGAUGGAUUUGA